CCCUAGUUUUUGCAGCUCUAUUAAAAACAAUAUAAAUAAGAAAGUUACGGUGCAAAAAGGAGAGGUGUUUCGAGUGCCACGUUUGGAAGAAAUUGAUUAAAGCCGCCAAGCUGUUUAACCUACCGCAAGUGUAUAAACAGACGACCGAUUCCAGCCGUCACAGCAGCAGCAGCAGCAGAAUGCCAGUGCACGAAUUCAAGGUAGAAAUGACUUGCGGCGGAUGUGCCAGCGCCGUGGAACGUGUCUUGGACAAACUGGGCGAUAAGGUCGAGAAAGUGAACAUUAACUUGGAGGACCGGACUGUGAGCGUCACAUCGAACCUGUCGUCGGACGAACUAAUGGAACAGCUCCGCAAGACCGGAAAGAGCACCACGUACUUGGGGGUGAAAAAAUGAGAUGAGUUUCUCAGCAAGUUUCAGAAGUACGGCAAGCUGAAACUUGAGGUCUAGAGUCUGGACUCUAGAGGAUUGAGGGAUCUUCCAAGUGCCGCUCCGAAAGCAUUCAAGAUGGGUCGCAGUUCAGUGAUAUUCAUGAGAUACAUACAAAUUUUACUCUUAACCAAAAUCAAAUAUAGGAACGAUCUACAAAUUUUACACUAGUAUUUGCUCUUGCCCAAAUUGUAUGUAGCUCGUAGUUAACCAAUUAAAGUGUUAUUAUAUUAUGCAUUACUUAUGCCUAGAUGAAGAA